CUUCUUUUUCUAUCUCUGAACCAACCAGAGUUAUUGCUUGCUUAUCUGAUGAUGAACUGAAACAAAUUGUAAGAAAACAAAAUCAUGAAAAUCCUUCUUCUUCUGGUUUUCAUUCUUCUCGCAGGAUUUGAAGCCAAAGUUUUAACCUAUGAUUACACAUCUAGUAUUGAGUGUUUGGAGCACCCUCAAAAGCCUCAAUAUGGUGGAGGAAUCAUCCAAAACCCAGAAUUGAAUAAUGGACUCGAAGGUUGGAGCGCAUUUGGCAGUGCGAGAAUAGAGCACAGAGAGUCAAGAGGCAACCAUUAUAUUGUGUCCCAUAGCAGAAAUAAUCCCUAUGACAGUGCCUCCCGAAAGAUUUUUCUGCUAAAGAAUAGGCUAUACACAUUAUCAGCAUGGAUACAAGUGAAUGAGGGAAAUGUGACAGUAAAAGCAGUUGUUAAAACAGUCAAUGGAUUCAAACAUGCUGGGGCUACUGUUGCUAAAUCAAAUUGCUGGUCUAUGCUUAAGGGUGGCCUCACAGCAGAUUCAUCGGGACCAGCUGAGCUCUAUUUUGAGAGCCAUAACAUAUCUGUGGAGAUAUGGGUAGAUAGCAUUUCCUUACAGCCCUUCACACGCAAACAAUGGAGGUCUCAUCAGUACCAGAGUAUUGAAAAGAUACGCAAGAAAAGAGUGCUACUCCAAGCCGUUGAUGAACAAGGUAAUUCCCUGCCAAAUGCGACCAUAUCCAUUGAACAGAAGAACCCAAGUUUUCCAUUCGGUAGUGCAAUAAACAAAUACAUCCUCAACAACGAAGCAUACCAGAGUUGGUUCACUUCUCGGUUCAAAGUCGCCACGUUUGAGAACGAAAUGAAGUGGUACAGCACAGAACGCAAUCAAGGCCAAGAAGACUACUCCAUAGCAGAUGCCAUGCUUGAGUUUGCCAAGCAACACAACAUUGCAGUUCGCGGCCACAACGUGUUUUGGGAUGAUGCUCAUUACCAACCUGGUUGGGUCCCUUCACUGUCACCAGAUCAGCUUAACUCAGCAGUUGAGAAGAGGCUAAGUUCAGUUGUGUCAAGGUUCAAAAACCAACUCAUUGCUUGGGAUGUUGUUAAUGAAAAUAUGCACUUCAGGUUCUUGGAAAGUAAAUUAGGACAGAAUGCUUCAGCUAGGAUUUACAAUGAGGUUCACAAGAUUGAUGGAGAAACCACUUUGUUUUUGAAUGAGUUUAAUACUAUUGAGGAUUGUAGAGAUGGUUCAUCAACCCCAGCAAACUAUAUCAAGAAGAUAAGAGAAAUCCAAAGCUAUUGUGAUUAUAGUGGAUUCAAUAUUGGAAUAGGGCUUGAGUCUCAUUUCUCUACUCUCAACUUGCCUUACAUGAGAGCUGCUAUGGAUACUCUUGCUGCCACUGGAUUGCCUAUUUGGCUUACAGAAUUGGAUGUUACAAGCCAACCCAACCAGGCAGAGUAUUUAGAGGAGAUUCUGAGAGAAGCAUACUCUCACCCAAGUGUAGAGGGAAUUGUACUUUGGACAGCAUGGAGACCAGAAGGGUGUUACAGGAUGUGCUUGACUGAUAACAAUUUCAAAAACUUGCCUACUGGGGAUGUUGUGGAUAAGCUUCUUCAAGAGUGGAGGGAUUCAGAAUUGAUUGCAGGGAACACAGAUACUAAAGGCUUCUUUGAAGCCUCCCUUUCACAUGGUCAUUAUCAUGUCAAAGUUACUCAUCCUGUUAUGAAUAAUAAUUUUGCUUCAUUUCAGUACUUAAAAGUCAUGCCUGCUGCUGAAUCCUUGCAAACAGCUAUGUUCAAACUUGCUGCUUAGUUUAGCAUUUUUGUCACCAAAAUAAGUGUUUAAUGUUUUUUUUUUUUUGGUUAAUAUGUAUACAUUUGUAGACUUGUUUGGUACACACAACAAAAUGAGAAG